AUGUCCAGAUCAUUGAUUCCAGAAAUCGGGAAUAGGUUUAUACCAUCGUCUUCAUCUUCCCUGGUUUAUAGAACAAGCCAUAAUUAUGAACUUGACGAAUCCAAUUCCAGUUUUUCCCCUGUUGACUUAUCCCUUCGUGAAAAUGCUUUGUUUAACCAUUCAAGUUCAAACAUUUCUUCUGGACAUCAAGUAUCUGUAAGUUCAGAUAGUGAAAGUAUACAUGCAAAAAGUCCUAUUUCUCAUGUAGGAAGUCCAUUAGAUUUGCAUCAAGAAAUAGUUGCUGAAGCGUUGGAUUUUGUGCAUGAUACUAAAGUAUUGAAAUUUGAUACCGUUCCAAAUUUGAGAACAAAGAAAAUUCCAUUUCAUAAUAGACUAGUUGGUUCAAUGGGGGAUGAUGUUUUCACUGAAAUGAACAAAAAACCACAAACUCCAGUAAAAACUAUUGUUGCUACUGAUAUUCUCCAGGCACCGGGUUUGAGAAACGAUUAUUAUUCAAAUCUAGUUAGCUGGUCAUAUAAAACCAAUAAAGUAGCUGUUGGAUUGGGUUCAAAAGUGUAUCUUUGGGGUGUGGAUAACAAUGUAACACAGAUAAAUUAUAAUAAUGAAGAAUUGAUAACUGCAGUAUCAUGUUCAAAUGAAGAUUGGAUAUUAGUAGCUACAGCUGCUGGGAAAAUAUUAUUAAUGGAUCAACAAGAAAAUGCUGUUAUUGCAGAAUAUACAACCAAUGAAGGAAAAUGCGUGUUUUGUUUCACGUGGUUUAAUAAUUCAACCAUGUUUCUUGCUGGUGAUGAUUUUGGAGAAGUUUAUAUUUUUAAAAUAACCAAAUUGUUUACUGCUGAGAUAAAGCUCGUGAAAAUAUUCAAAUGUCACCAGCAACAAAUUUGUGGUAUGUACUAA